AUGGCAUCGGCAUCGGCUACUCCGGAGCUAGCGCAGCCUUCGACGCUACUGACGCAUCCCGCUCUGGCUGCUGCCGACUUGGCUCGUCACGCUACUCUUCCGGCCACAGCCUUCUCCACCACAAAAACGUCCACCGUCUGCGUCGGUGCUGCCUACAAGCUCUCUUCCGAUACGAGGGUGCUGCGUAGAUUGAAGGGCACACUUCCCAUCCUCGUCGCGGGUCAUGCGCUCAACCUUGUCAACCCUCUGACACAGACGCCCAUCCAGAGCUUCACCCUCUCCUCGGCGGAGAUCGCGUCGUCAGCUCCUCUCACCUUACUUCGCUCCCUCGGUGAAGGUCGCUCGCUGCGCACCACAUAUGUAGGCAUAGAGUCGCAUGCGCGUAUCCAGUCCGUUCGUGCUGCCGUUGUUGCUACGCAUCAACUCUGUGCAUUCGUCGAGGAGAUCUCGGCCAAGGGCAAAGAGAGCGCUGAGGUCCAGGUCAAGAAGGAGGUGCUCGCCGUUUCCAAGCCCAUCCGCCUCGUCCAUGCUCUCGGCGAUGGUCGACUCGUUCUGACGCACACCGACGACAGCCUCACUGUCAUUGCUUCCUCGCCAAUCACACACGACGAUCAAGCCUCUGUUCAAGCUUCGGCCUCUUCCUUGCAUAUCAUCGAUACCGUCAACGCCACUUCACCGCUCGACCAACCUCGAUGCCACUUUUACGUCAACCUGCUCGAUGCUGCUUCAGCAAAAGGUCUCAUCUCAGGAUGCCUCAAAAUUGAAGAAGCGGCUCUCGUCGGCUUGCGUGUUGCCGUCACUGCGGACACCAAGUCAUCCACCGCCUCAGCUGAUGCCGAAGGCGAUGCCAGCAAGAAGACAAAACGAUCCAAGCGUUCCAAGAAGAGCACCAACGAUGGUGAAGAAGAUGAUGUUCAAGCUCACGACGACUCGUUGCCCCCAAUCCAUGCUGCGUCCGGCCCACUUACACUCGAAUUCACCGCCUUCGUCAAGAGCUUCGACGGCGCCUCCGAGUCGCCCAUCGCUACGGUCAAGCUUGGCAGCGUCCAGGUCAUCGGCAUUGCCCAUGCAAGACACGUUCUGGAUGUUCAGGUGCACCCGGACGGCCGACUUGUCCUCCUUGGCUUUGAUGGCUCUCUCAUCUCGAUGAGCCUCACUUCGUCUCCCAGCGGUGAGCCUCGUCUCGGCAACGUCACCACCAACGCCCUGCACGCCCUUGCGCAGUCAGGCUCGCGUCCUUCUUCGUCCUUCACUGCUUCGCCAUCCUGCUGCCUGCUUCUCAGCCGAGACCACGCCCUUGUGGUCGGCGUCACACGGGCGACUGCAUCCACUGCCGACAAAGAGCGCGUGGUGGCCCUAAUCGUCGACCUGGAGCUCAACGCCGUGCUCAAACAGAUCGACUGGGCAGUUCCUUUUGUUCCAGCGGCCAGCGCCGCCGUAUCCUCCAACGGCUUGCUGCAGCGCAUGACUACCAUCUCGGCAUCGCGUAUUGCGGGUUCGACCGCCGUCAUCACCACGGGCCCACCCACCGUUUCAUCUCGCAGCUCGAGUUCAUCAGACAAGGCCGAGGCUCUGGAACAGCUGCACCAGCGUAAGGUGUGCGUGCUCACGGUGCCUUUUGUGGUUCCCGCAUCGAGCGUGCUUCGUGAUGCUCUGGGUAAAGGUGAGCUCACGGCUCGAUGGAUUCGUACGGCUGACGAUCAGCUUGCAGAGGCUGUCAAUGGAGACUCGGAAUCGGACGCGAGCCGAACAGAGCUGCUCGCGCAGAUCAGGAACAUUUCUGAGGGCAGUGGCAAGGCUACAAGCAAGGGCGCCCAGAUCAACACGCUCCUUUCAACUUGGAUUCAUGCUGCGACAGCCGACGGUCGCAUGCUCGAGACGCUCACAGCACACGAGGCUGAUAGCCAAUUCUUUGGUGAGCUGCUCGACUUGCUCCUCCCCGCUCGCAGCAACCAUAACAACAAGGGCAAGAGCAACGGCGCCGCUGUCCCUACGUUGCUGUCGCGAGCUGCUCUGCUUACUCUACUCAAUAACCCUCGCGUGCAUCCAUCCAUCUUUGCGACGUUGAAGGUCUCCACCGUCGCCACAGGGCCGUUCGCACGCAGCGUGUCGGUGCGCGCAAAUGCAGAAGGACUCACCGAGUUCUGGUCGAGGAUGGGCGCAUGGAACGACGUACAGCUUCUGCGUGCUGCACUCAAGCGCAUGCCCGACAUUGGCGAAGACACUUUUGCGGCGCUCUUGAUCUCUGGAGUGCGAGGACUUUUUCAGAGUCAUCAGCCCGGCGGUGCGGGCAGCGUCAAAGCCGCACGUCUGUACCUGGCGCUGCUGGCGCAGAUGGUGCAGCUGCGUGUCUCGCGGCCAGCGCUACGAAGCGCGCUCAAAGCACAGCUCCGAGACGAUGUGGAGCAGGUCAUGGCGCUGCUGCAGCUGUGCAAUACCUGGCUGAGCCAGACGAUCCAGGUCCCCUUUCUGGGCGAGCAGGACCAGAGGCCAGGCGCGGACGAGAUUGGCACGAUGACGGCGGUCACAGCCAAAGCACCCAAUGCAGAUGCCGUGAUGGCGCUGGCCAACGAUGUGCUGGAUACAUUCUUCCCCCUGCUCCUCGCUACUCCGCGCUCGCAUGCCACGGUGCAAUCGCUGUCUCGCACCAUUUCGCGCUACCUGCAGUUGCUGUCGACGCUUCGACUGCUUAACGCCCCGCUCUCAGCGUUUGCCAAGCUGCAGCAGGAGAACCAAAUGCUCGCUUUGACCGACGACGCCAGAAGGAGCAGGGCUCCUAAGGGCACCACGCUGUCGGCGAGCGGCGCUGUUGCGUCGGCAGGUAAUACCAAGGUGAGCGUGAGCAGCAAGGCGGACGCAGCGGCUCGCGCCGAGAUGGGCGGUGGACUAGGACUCAAGCUGGGCACACAGGGCGAGGUCAAGACGCUCCGUGUGCAGCUGCUCGAGCAGAGCAUGCUGGUGGGUGCGUACAGCUUUGAGCGUCUUGAGAUCUGA